GGUACCCACUGCCGUAGGCAAUAACGGCACGCUUGAGUAUAUAUGGGGCCCUGGUAGCCAUCAGCCGUCACACUCUCAGUCGCUCCGACUCGGGAACCAGGGCAUCAGCGGAGAUAGCAGGCUUUACUUCGCCCUUUUAGGCUAACUCGCUUUGGGCUUUGGUUCAGGAUGGAAACCUCGACUACUUCUCGGAGCCGGCGAUGCUCCAUCAUGCGCACCUGCAAAAGCGGUCUCUCCCUCUGGUUGGUGGUGUGGCUGGUCCUAGGCAAGCCAGGUCCGGCUUCGGCGUGCCCGCAUCACUGCGUGUGCUACCCGACGCCGAUGACCGUGAGCUGCCAGGCGCAGAACUUCACCGCCGUGCCCGUCGGAGUGCCCUAUGAGUCGCAGCGUGUGUUCCUCCAGAACAACCGGAUCGUGGAGCUCAGAGUUGGCUCGUUUGGCUUCGGAACUCAGGUUCUGUGGCUGUUCUCGAACAACAUCACGUGGAUCGAGGCAGGGGCCUUCAGUGAGAUGAGGGACUUGGAGGAGUUGGACCUUGGGGACAACCCGAACCUCCACAGGCUGGAGGGGGGCGCUUUCCGCGGACUUGAGAAACUCCAGAGCCUCCACAUGCACCGCUGCCGACUCACUGCCCUGCCCCACGACAUCUUCCACAAGCUGUACAGCCUGCAGUUCCUCUAUCUGCAGGAGAAUAACCUCCACUUCCUGCAGGACGACAUCUUUUCUGAUCUCAUCAACCUGAGCCAGCUUUUCCUGCAUGGCAACCGCAUCCGCACCUUGUCGGAGAACGUGUUCCGUGGUCUGGUCAACCUCGACCGCCUCCUGCUUCACGACAACCGCAUCCGACAGGUGAACCGCCGCGCCUUCCGCGACCUCGGCCGCCUCACCAUGCUCUUUCUCUUCAACAACUCCCUGGCUGAGCUGCCCAGUCAGACCCUGAGGGACACGCAGGGCAUCGAGUUCCUGCGGCUCAAUGCCAACCCCUGGUCCUGUGGCUGCGAGGCCCGCGCCCUGUGGGAGUGGUUCCGCGAGGCCCGCGUCUCUUCGUCCGAGGUGAUGUGCGCCUCCCCCUCCAACCGCCGUGGCCAGGACCUUCGCUUCCUCCGCGAGAUGGACUUCGCCCUCUGCCCCCUGCCCGACCCCGGCUCCAUCGCCGGCUCCACCACCACCACCUUCAGCACCAAAACCCGCUGGUGGUUCCACAAGAACAAGCCCCAGUCGUCCACAAAAGGCAUCUUUGAAAAGUCCUCAGAGACUGUCAAGGCCGGUUUGUAUGGGAAAGGCCCAUCCACAACCACCUCGGUCGUCAAGUACGAGCUGGGGGAGGAUGAGCUGGCGCUGCCCAAGCUUGACCCAGAAGAAUACUGGGCAAACUACGGCAACGAGGACUCAGGUGUCACCCUGCGGUGCUUCGAGCUCGAAUGUCCACCUGAGUUCGACUUGCCUCCAUCUUCUUCCUCUCCUUCAUCCCGCUCGCCCUCGUUUCUCUCACUACUAGCCCUCUCUCUUUUAGCCCACUUUGCCAACCGCCGCCUGCUAUCCAGCUGAAUUGGACUCUCACAGUAGCACCGCACCCCCGCUCCUUACAGCCUGUUUUAAAGGCUGUGAGAAUCCCUGUUAGACUUUCUAUACCCCCUUUGCCCGCUUUGCUGUAAGCCAAACCUCAAGGCACAGCCAGGGAGAUAGGGGGACGGUUAGAUUCUAAAUCUACCAUCCACAGGGCUUAACACAUUUCAGGGCUGCUAAGAGUCAUUCAGCUAAUAUAUAUAUAUAUUAUUAUAUAUUACCAGUAUUCUAUAGGUGUGGCUUUCUGUGUCUCACCUGUAUGAUGUUAUGUUAGGAUUCCCUGCAAUCAGGGCUACGAGGGCUGAGUCCAUCUCAGAAGUCUAUUUGAUUUGAUAGCAGUUGUGAAUAACGUUGCCAAUUUUGUCACCUCGACUCAAGUUAGGACUACUAGUGCUAUUAGUGCAUCCAGUUGACUGGUUGCUACAAAUGCUACGAUUACUGUUAUAGUCAGUGCACAGUAAUGACAAUACUGUAACCACUUAAAGUGUCAUGUAAAUAGGGGUGUGUUCUGUGAGUGUUCAAACUGAUAUCUGUGGUCCAGCAAAGUCACCUUCAUCUUGAUCCAGGAAAACUGUGAAGGCUUGUGCUUCUACAGGACAGAGCACAAUGCGCAGGGACGCAGGGAGCUAUCUGAGAGGGCGAGCGAGAGCGAGAGAGAGAGAGAGAGAGAGAGAGAGAGAGAGAGAGAGAGAGAGAGAGAGAGAGAGAGAGAGAGAGAGAGAGAGAGAGGAGAUAUACUGUGAAGCUGUGAGGGAGGGAAUAGAAAGAGAGAAGGAGAUGAGAAUACAGGGAAGCUAAAUAAGAGGGAGGAGAAGACGAGGAGGGUACGUCUGAAGGUAUCGUCAGAGAGGGACAGUGUUCACGCAGCAAUAAGAAAAGAAGCAGUGAGACGCUACCAAGGACAGUGCUGGCAGUAGAAGCAGCAACCUGCGGGAGACGAGUAAUACAUCCACUGAUCAGUAGUCGUUCUAUCCAUUAUGCCAUUCACCAUUUGCUGUAAAUAUGGUGUCACCUGCGACAACCACAGGGGUCGAAUGCUUCCUGUCAGGAAGCCAGAGAUUUUGGUUUUUGAAUGUCUUUCUGUGACAUAUUGAUAUUACAUGUGAAGAUUGUUGACUUUGAAUGCAGAAGCUCUUGAUAUAAAAGAUACACUGAAUAUUUCCUGAAUCACACGGCUUUUCUUUGCGACAACAUUUCUGGAACUGAAUCAGAGUUAAAUUUGAGGCGCUGUGAGGAAGGCGGGGUACAAACUAGAAGGAAUCAAAGAGAAGCAGACUGAGCUGUGAUGAUCUGAUGUCGCAUAAACGUGAUGUCACUGGAGGCCUCCCAGAAUGGCUCUGGCUUUGGUGGACAUCUGUCUAUGUGUGUGGAUGAAAGAGCAUGAAUGGCUCGUCAGGCUGGCGGCGCUACAAAAGGCAAAUACGUCAGUAGGUUUGUCACUUCACUGAUUCAUCAUUGGACGAAGCCAGAUGGACAAACGAGGUGCAAACUGGCUGAUUAGUAAAUACGCCAAGAGAGCAAUGAGAGAGUCUGGAGCUGGAGACAAAGUGGGACUGAACACUCACAUGCGGACAGAUUAUUGGACAAGAUGUAGCGUGCUGGGGUGGGAUAGUCUGGGUUGCAGCAAAGUCGAAAUUAUCAUUAAUGCUGAGGCUGCAAAAGGACGAAGAAAUGUGAGCAGCGGAAGUCCAAAAAAUGGAGGGGGAGGAAAUGGCCAAAUAUGGGCAUAUACACGUUGUAGUGUUUUUAUCCCUCCUUCUUUAAAGCAAUGCCUUAUUGGAAGCGAGACACUGUAGGUGUGCACAUGGGCAGAGGAAUGAUAGUAGGAGAAGGUACAGCUCCAGCAGAGGUGACGGGGGGCAAGGCCGACCUAUAGUAGGAGUGAGAGAGUGGGAGGUGAUGUUGGUGAGGUGCAAUAGCAAAGGCGGUUAGCCUUGAUUCAGCAGGAACAAUCUCACACGGCCUUUUUUUUUCUUGAGAGUCCUAGAGGCCGAUGCUGUCAAUGAGCAUUUACUACACGAUCUUGGGAAAUAUUCAGUAUCAUCUUUUCUCUCUGAGGUCAGACUGAGCCGGGGUGCUCUUCAGUGGCCAUGACUGUGAGGUCACUGUCAGACGACCAAAGUGCCAGUUACACCAUUCCCCUCUGAUUCACUGUUUAGUCCCUCAGUGUGCAUGUUCUGUGUUUUGUAUCAGAGAAAGAAUCAUGAAUUCUACUUGACAGACGGGCUUAAUUGUCAUUUAUUUUUACUGUAAGAGACAAAAGAUGUUCUUGAAAGAUGCAGCAUAAAUUAAUAAUAAAUUCAUACUUGUUUUAACAAAA